AUGUCUUUUGACUACAACAACGCUGCCGCCGGUGGAGAGGCUGCCUUUAUCGAUCAGUUCUACCCAUACAACACCUCGCCCGCCACCACAUCGCCGAUGACGGCCGCUCCCUCAAACGCCUCAUCCGCCAUGGUAUCUCCCACAAAUAGCCAGCAGGCGGUGGCCUGGGCAAUGCCGUACGACUACACUACCGGUCCCGUGGCCCCGGUCGUGCCUUCGACCGUACAAUCUCCCAUCGAAGCCGCGGUCUCCUCGCCCGAAGACUCGCGGCAUAGCCUUUCGCCCGGCCACAUCAGCUCCGUCACGUCCAGCCCACCCCAGGAACUGCUCUCGCUCUCGCCCUUCCAGAAUACAAAUGCAAACACCCCGGCCAUGCUGACCGAUCAGGCCCUCAUGAGCUUCAACCCCUUUGCCACGGCCGACUACCAGAACUCGGCGCUGACCUACCCCGCUGCCGCUACCACCACGUCCGCGCUCGACAGCCUGACGGCCUACCACGGCCUCCCUACGGUGACUGGUGCCGAUGCCGCCAGCGCCACUCAGGCCUUGCAGUGGAAUCUCGGCAUGGCCAACUGGCAGGACUUUGAUGCCGCUGCCGUUGUGAUGCCGGCCAUUCCCACCCACGGCCUCUCGCACCAGCGCAUUGGCAGCAUGACUAGCCUCGGAAGCAAUUCCCCCACCGGCACCUGCAUCGAUGUACACUCGCUCGGCUCGAGUGGCGACAUGGGCUGGGCCACGGUGGAUCUGUUUGCCCGCAUGGACAACUUCCCGCCGCCCGGCUCGCAGCACCCGCACGAUGUCAUCUUCAACCCUAGCCAGACCCUCCACCUGCGCUCCAACUCCGGAUCCUCGCAGGCGCAGUCGGACGGCACCUCGUUUGACUACGGCAGCUAUGAGGAGGUCUCGUUCCCGCCCCCGUUCUCGCCCUACUCGCAAGACUCGGACACCUGUCUGGACGGCUCAGGCAACCACCGCAACUGCUUCCACACAGACGUUCCCGCCGACCACCAGCAUCAACACGUUCACCAGCACCAACAUCAGCACCAGCACCGCCACGGCAACCCGCAUCAGCACCACUCCCACGAGCUCAUCAGCCCGGCCGCCGUCGUCGCGCCCAUGCCUAUCAAGGCCGGCACGACGUCGCAUCCGUCUUCCAACCGCCAGAGUCCCGCAGCCGGGUCUGGUGUCGGCUCAACCGCAGCGUCUGCGUCGCCACCGGUGCGUCGCUCGUCGGGUGUCCGCAAGAGCCCCACGGCCCGUCCGUCCAAGGCGGUCGUCCGCCGUGCCUCCACCGGCAAAGACGGUCGCGUCGGCGAGAAGAAGGUUGGUCGCCGGCGGGGUCCGCUUCUGCCGGAGCAGCGCAAGCAGGCUAGCGAGAUCCGCAAGCUGCGCGCCUGCCUCCGCUGCAAGUUCCUCAAGAAGACGUGCGACAAGGGCGAGCCGUGUGCCGGCUGCCAGCCGUCGCACGCGCGCCUCUGGCAGGUGCCGUGCACGCGCAUCGACAUCAAGGAUGUGAACUACUUCAUGAAGGACUGGAAGGCCGACUACUCGCGCCAUCUGGACCGCGGCGUGUCCGUCUUCAAUGUCAAGGGCUUUGCCCCCAAGGAGCGGCUGAUGUGGAUCACCCACGGCUACGGCUUCUGUCUGCCCAUCAUGGUCCGCGAGGUCUACGUGGCCGAUGACAGCUGCUUCCAGAUCGACUGGGUCGAGUCGCACCUCACGGAGCAGGAGCCUAUCGAGUACGACGUCCGCACGGAGCGUCUCGACGUCGGCCAGGAUGGCAUCAGCACCGAGAAGCUGUCCGAGUACCUGGACCGCCACAUUGACGGCACCUUUGAGCACUUUGUCGACGACCACUUUGACGGCACCCCAUUCGUCACCGAGAUCCUCAAGACGGCCCACCGCUACUACAUGAAGCAGGGCCAGCCGGUCAUCCGCAAGGCGCUCAAGCUGGUGCUCGCCUACAACCUGACCAUGCACAUCACCCUGGUUGAGCAGCAGGGCUCAGAGGAGCCGCCCAUGGAGGGCCAGAUCGACGACGAGGACUCCAAGUUCUACGGAAAGGUGGUGGCGCCCGUCAUGAUCAACUUCCAGAUCAAGUGCGCCAUGGCCGACAUGUGGCGUGAGCUGCAAAAGGAGAUCCUCGAAGAGCUGUCGAGCCUAUACUCGAGCGUGUACAGCGGCGACCGUCUGAAGAACUGGCCGACUAUCUUCAUGCUGGCUGCCAUCCUGCUGAUCGUCUGGGAGGAGAUGCAGUUCGACUGCCACUACCGCGUGCCUGAUGCCGCCUCGGUCGGCAAGUUCUGCGGCGACAUGGAAGGCACUCCUGUCGGCGUCGUCGUGGGCCUGUUCCAUGCCAUCUCGCAGAAGCUGCCAGCUUUUACCGACUGGGAUACGAAGCGUCACGGCCAGGUGCUGAAUAACAACGAGGCCGUGUGCGAGGCCAUGACGGAGGUGCGGCAGCACAUUAUGAAGCACGAUACCUACCUCCGUGCGAGACCAAAUAACACAGAGUUUGACCGCUACGACUUCGACUCGCUGUCGAACAAGUUCCUGUCGAAGCUGGUCAUCCGGGCCAACUAA